GGAUGAAGUUCGCAACCUGAGCAGUGUUUAUCCUCCAGGCAUUGAACUUAUUGGAUUCAAGCCACUCAGCUUCAUCAAGCCAUAUUUUCAUGUCAAACCUGCAAUUUUGUUUAUGUUGAUGAGAAAAUGAUUGAAGGUAGCAAGAAGAUGUUUGCAGCUUUGUUAGAGAGAUGUCUACAUAGAAAAGUGGCUCCAAUAGUACGUUUUAUUCCACGAAAGAAUGCAUCAGUCUCAUGGGCAGCGCUUAUUCCACAAGCAGAAGAAUUAGAUGGGAGCAAUUGUCAAGUUGUUCCUCCAGGGUUUAUUGCAUGCCAUCUCCCAUUUGCAGACGAUUUUCGCAAUAUUGAGAUGGAGAAUAUGACUCGUGCUACUCCAGAUCAAGUUGAUGCAGCAAAGGCAGUCAUCACAAAAACUGCACUUCACAUAUAAUCCUGAAGGCUUUGAUAAUCCAAGCCUUCAAACUCACUGGCGUAACAUUGAGGCUCUAGCACUGAAUAGGUCUGAAUUGGAACCUGUUUCAGAUCACACAGUUCCUCCCAAUGAUCGAAUUCUCAAGAAAGCGGGUAAACUACUAGAUGAACUUCGGGACUUAGUGUAUCCACCACCCUCUUAUGAUCCCACUAACCCUCCAAAGAAAAGGCCAACAGCAUCAUCUACUCCUGCACCAAAGAAACCAAAAAUUGACCCAAAAAGUAUGAGUGUAGAAGACUUGGCAAAAGAAGG